AUGGAGAAGUUCAAGGCUGCCAUGCUGCUGGGGGCGGUGGGGGACGCUCUCGGGCACAGAAACUCCCGCAAGGACAGCAGCGCUUCCGGAAGGAAGGUCCAGGAGGAGCCGCGGGCGAGCGGGGGCCAGGAGCAGCUGGUGCCGUCCCGGGAGAGGUGGCCGGUGAGUGACAACACCAUCAUGCACCUGACGACGGCCGCGGCCCUGACCACAGACUACUGGUGCCUGGAUGACCUUUACCGAGAGAUGGUGAGGCGCUACGUGGAAGUCCUUGAGAAGCUUCCAGAACAUUGGGCUGACCCAGCUACCCUGGAAGGCUGCUCACAGCUGAAGCCGGAUAACUAUCUCCUCGCCUGGCACACGCCUUUCAACGAGAAGGGCUCAGGGUUUGGAGCUGCCACCAAAGCCAUGUGCAUCGGCAUGCGGUACUGGAAGCCGGAGCGCCUGGAGACCCUUGUGGAAGUGAGCAUCGAGUGCGGCAGGAUGACGCACAACCACCCCACAGGCUUCCUCGGGUCCCUGUGCACGGCUCUGUUUGCGUCUUAUGCUGCGCAAGGAAAGCCACUGGAGCAGUGGGGCAGAGACAUGAUGCAGACGGUCCCACUGGCAGAGGAGUAUUGUAAGAAGACCAUCCGGCACCUGGCAGAAUACCAGGAGCACUGGUUUUACUUUGAGGCAAAAUGGCAGUUUUACUUGGAGGAGAGAAAAAUCAGCGAAGAUACGGGAAGUAAAGCCACCUUCCCUGACCGCUACGACGCGGAGGAGAGAGAAAAGGCUUACCGGAAAUGGAGCUCUGAAGGCCGAGGGGGCCGGCGGGGCCAUGAUGCCCCCAUGAUUGCCUACGACGCUCUCUUAGGAGCUGGGGACAACUGGACAGAGCUCUGCCAGCGGGCCAUGUGUCAUGGAGGCGAGAGCGGGGCCACAGGGACUAUCGCGGGCUGCCUGUUCGGGCUGCUGCACGGCCUGGACGCGGUUCCCACGGGCCUGUACCAGGACCUGGAGCACAAGGAGGAGCUGGCACGCCUGGGCGAAGCCCUUUACCGCCUGUCCACUCAGGAGAAGUAA